UACCUCCUGUCACCUUCACCUCGGUGUCUCUGGAGCCACUGCCGCGCCUCAGCGACCUUGUGGCUUCUCGCCCCCAGGGGAUUAGUGUCCAGGUUACCCCAGCUUGCUGCCACCACCAGGUGGCCUUGCCGCCCCCACAGCCCACAGGUAUAAAGCCAGGGAGGUAGGCAGGGGCAGUAGCAAGAUCGGAGAUGCUCCAGGUAAGACGAGGCCCCCGGAGCCUCCCCUCUUCCAGGCUACACCGGAGAGGGACAGAAUGGUGUCACAGGUGGAGGUGGCCUCAUUCUAGAGGGUGACAGCCAGCAGCUUCUGCAGGAUGAAGUGUGGAGCAGUGCACAGUGCUGCCAUGUCCCCUGGGCUGUGGGGUGGGCCCCAAAGGGUUGGGCUGGUGGCUCUGACUGGGGUGGCCAGUCACAGCACCUGCGGCACUGGCCUUGCCCAGGAGCUGCUGCUGGGGCUGCUGCUGAGCUCGAGUGGGGUGUGGGCCUCCAGGGGGCUGCUGCGGCCCUUCUGCCGGCCGAUCAACGCCACCCUGGCUGCCGAGAACGAGGCCUGCCCCGUCUGCGUCACCUUCACCACCAGCAUCUGUGCUGGCUACUGUCCCAGCAUGAUGCGGGUGCUGCCGACCGCUGUGAUGCCUGUGACCCAGCCGGUGUGCACCUACCGCGAGGUGCGCUUCGCCUCCAUCCGGCUCCCUGGCUGCCCACCUGGGGUGGACCCCGUGGUCUCCUUCCCCGUGGCACUCAGCUGCCGCUGCGGGCCCUGUCGCCUCAGCAGCUCUGACUGCGGGGGUCCCAGGGCCCAGCCCUUGACCUGUGACCUCCCCCACCUGCCAGGCAUCCUCUUCCUCUAAGGACCCGUGAACGCUUCCUAAUAAAGGCUUCUCAACCCGCA